GUGGGGGGUUUGAUUUCUCUCAACUUCCUCCAUCUAAACUCAUAUCUUCGUUAACUCCGCUUAAGCUUUCUUUAAAAAGGACACAAAAAAAACUUGUCUGAAUGCGCUCACUGCUUAACUGUACUAAACUACGCACUCCUUUGAAAGCUCAUUCUCUUAUCCUGCGCACCACCACCAUGGCCACCUCCUACUCUUCUUCUUCCUUGCUCCUCUCUCCUUCCGUAUCUCUCAACAAGUCCCGAAAUGGCUCCUCCCUCGGAUUCUCCGUCAACCGAUCUAGGGUUUCUAUGAGCGUCUCCGCUGGAUCUCAGACCACUGUCAACGACUCUCUCUUCGCCGAUUACAAACCCACCUCUGCUUUUCUCUUUCCCGGUCAGGGAGCUCAAGCAAUAGGGAUGGGCAAAGAGGCUCAGAGUGUUGCUGCAGCUGCAGACUUGUAUACCAAAGCCAACCAUAUCUUAGGGUAUGAUCUUCUUGACAUUUGUGUUAAUGGACCGAAAGAGAAGCUUGAUUCCACUGUCAUUAGCCAGCCUGCUAUUUAUGUCACAAGUCUAGCAGCAGUUGAGUUGCUUCGUGUCCGUGAAGGCGGCGAGCAGAUAAUUAACUCCGUUGAUGUCACUUGUGGUCUCAGCUUGGGAGAGUACACUGCUCUCGCAUUUGCUGGAGCCUUCAGCUUCGAGGAUGGCCUAAAGCUUGUAAAACUUAGAGGAGAAGCCAUGCAGGCUGCUGCAGAUGCUGCUAAGAGUGCCAUGGUUAGUAUCAUAGGGUUGGACUCUGAAAAAGUUCAGCAGUUGUGUGAUGCAGCAAAUCAAGAAGUAGAAGAAGCUGACAAAGUUCAGAUCGCUAAUUACUUGUGUCCGGGUAACUACGCAGUAUCUGGAGGUCUUAAGGGAAUCGAGGCUGUCGAAGCCAAAGCUAAGUCCUUCAAGGCCCGCAUGACGGUUCGUCUAGCUGUAGCAGGUGCUUUCCACACUAGUUUCAUGGAGCCAGCAGUGUCUAGAUUAGAAGCUGCAUUGGCAUCAACGGAGAUCAGAAGUCCGAGGAUCCCAGUGAUCUCCAACGUGGAUGCACAGCCUCAUGCAGAUCCAGACACUAUCAAGAAGAUACUUGCACGCCAGGUGACGUCUCCAGUGCAAUGGGAGACAACGGUGAAGACCCUCUUAUCCAAAGGGCUUAAGAGCAGCUAUGAAUUGGGACCUGGAAAGGUGAUUGCAGGGAUAUUCAAGAGAGUAGACAAAACCGCCAGUGUCGAAAACAUCAGUGCUUGAGACACUCUGGCUAGCUUUUUCAUUCAUGUAUUUGAGUUGAGAAUCUCUCUGGUGCUUUGAAAUUUAAAGUUUUGUAUCGAAUAUUUAUGUAACAAAGCUUGUUGAGAUCUCUUUUUUUUUUAAAAAAAUUUCCAGUUGAUGAAA